GCAUCCCGAAUUUUUGGGGGCAGUAUUUUCUUGUCUCCCCCGAGCUUUGUACGGGAUAACCGCCGGUGACGAGGGCUCGAAUCGACGGAGAGUGGCAACCUGGAGAAAAAACGGGGUGACUCCUUCGGGGUGUAUUGCGAAUCGGCACUGACCCCGGACAAAGGACCCGGCGGGACGCGUUCGUAAAGAGUAAGGGCGAACACCGCAACGCCAUGGGAAAAGGCGACAAGCAUCGAGGGCGCAGCGACAGCGGACGACGUAUACUACGCAACUAGAAGAAACGACUCGUCAUUAAAGCGCCAAAGCUCGGGCCGUCGUUUUUUCGAAAAUAAUGUCAGUUCGUAGAAUCAAUGAAAGGCCAGUGAGAAGUUCAACCAAUUUGGUAGGAAAAUUCACCCAGAGCGUGCGCCGAAUCGUCCAAGACGUGAAAGACGAGGGUACUGCCAGCGGAGCGACCAAGGAAGACGUCAUCGAUACCAACGAGCGCCUCAGAGCGGUCAGAGUCAGGAUGGACGAGUCCUACGACACGGCCAAAAAAGCACUGGUUGGUCUGAUGUCGAAAUAUAACGAGAGCAAGCAUGUGCACAACAUAUUUCAGAGGUACAGCAUGCUGAAGGCGAUGAUCAAGGAGGUGAUCCGGUUGGAGACCCAGUACUGGACACUGGUCGAUAUUCCCAAACAGGAGAAGCAGGAAACCGUUCCUGCGUUCGUCCUGCGCGCGUGCGCGAUCAUGGAGAAGACCCAGAAGAGCGGCGAAGGGGUCAAAACGUCUACCAAAUUGGCGGAAGAGGCCCUAGAGAAGAAGGAGAGGAUAGAGCGGCUAGAAUACAUGACAACGUCGCAAAUAGAGGCGGAGAAUACGCAAAUGACGAACGACCUCUACAGGCUGCUUAAGAAAUAUUCGGGUUUACGGAACUUGAUCAGGCAACUUAAGACUGAAUACACAAAUGCCAAAAUCUAUCCGAUGGUGAUCCGUUACUCGAUGCUGAAGGACAUGAUCAAGGACAUCAUGUUGCAUCCCGACUACAUGGAGGUCUGCCACGAAGUGGACGUAUAGCCAAAGUCCUUUUCCUAGGGAGUACCGAAAAGGAGACAAAGCUGCCGAUAUUGAGGUAAAUCCUGGCGUUUUGUGCUUCGGACUUUUUAGGGAAACCUUUUCGGAAAGAAGAUUCGGUGAGAAAAAAAGAGACGCUUCUGCACUUGCCUGUACUUCGGGGACUUGUUUUUGCGAAUAUUUUGUGAUCUCAUUAACGGUUGAAUUUUACAAAGGUGAUAAUAAUUAGCUGCUUAGCGAGAUUGUACGGGGUGUUCCUUUCGCAUACGUGGGUUGGGUGUCUAUAUAUUUUUGAUAAGUUUCGUAAUUAUUCUAACCUUUAAAAAAGCUGUUCGUCUCCAUCUUGAAUACGACAAGCUCAUGGAACCUCGCGAAAUAAACAUUGUUCGCAUUUUAAUCAAACAAACGCCGCCAUUGGCGUACGCUCUGUACUUGAAUAUUUUCAAUGCGCUUUAAAUUUACCAGACACGUUAUAUUGCGCGGUACUUUUAUACCGGUAUUUUUGCUAGAUGUUAACAAAUUCGUAUUUAGACACUGUUAUCGCUACACACUUUGGUUAUUGUAAAAAGAAAAUAUGUUAGUUAAUAUAAUAUAUUGCGUGUUAUAUGUAAAUUGUAUCGUCAAAUGUCGUAUAUGCGAAUAUUAAUAACCUAUAAGUUUAGGUUUGUUAAAAUUUACUAGAAAGCAAUAAGGCCGAGAAAUAUUAUUUAGCCUUUCGAUUGGCCAGUGUAUUGGUUCUCGACUGCUGGGUUAUAUUCGUGGUCGUUUAAAGGCAUCCAGAAAGUUAGGCAAUAAUUUUUUUUUUCACAAUUAGUAGUCUACAUUGGUUUCUUCUGCUCCACCGGACUAGUUAAUAUGCUCCACCUCGAAUGAAAAUCUGGUUGGUCCUGGGAGACUACCGGUGCGGCAAAAAUGAUCAGUGCCUUAAAAAACAGUUUUUGGUCUGUGUUCCGUUAUACUUUUUUAUGGAUUUUUUUGGUCAGCAACCGACACGUUCUGUAUUGAACUCCCACAUAUCGCCUUAUUUAUUUCCAUAUAAUUCAUUUUAUAUUUGUCAUAUCUGGAUACCUAAAUUAACAAGAAUGAUAGCAAGCGUUAUCCAUACCAACGACAUUGGAAUCAGAACGAAGCCUCUUUUGAAUAGCAGUUAAAUCCUUUAAAAAAGCAUCUCUGCGAUCUGUAUGGUAUUGCCACAAGAAGCAUAAUCAAUCAUAUGACCUUAAAUACAAAAGUUUUAAACGAAACGCUUUCUGAUCUGACCAACGCAGUAAGUGUAGUGAUUAAUAUUAAGCCACCCUGCAAAAAAAAAAAUAGGUGCCACCAUUAAGCGUCAAUGUUAUUUCUCAUCAAAGAAGACAAGUGUUAAUACCUGCGCUGGGAGCGGAUCUGAGCAAAAUAAGCUUAGAAAAGACGGCAGUGGCCGUUUUGGUUAGUUGAGCACUUUUGCAGCGACAAGGAAAUAGUUGAAUUUAUUUAUAGCAAAAAGGAAAGCGGAGGAAAUAUUUGAUUCUGAUAAAAGAACAUGCCAUGGGUAGGGUAGCUAAAUCACUGGAUUGGAGCUUCAUCAAAUGAAAGCUGGCAGAACUAGGGAAUUUCUUCUUUAGUUAGUAUUACUUCCAGUAUUAUUACUGAUACUUAUGGGAGCUUUGUGUAGCUGACACGAACAAUGCCUAUAUGUUUUUAUGGCAUGAGGGUGUGGCAGGUCAUGGGGCAAAUGAGAUUUCUGAAUGCUGGAUUUACCAAUAAAAGAUACUCUGGUGGUCACAAUAAAAACAAAUAUAUUUUGUUUGCUCUGAUAGUCUUUGUAGCUCAAAGCCUUUCCGAUUAAAUCCAGAUUACGAUUGAUAUCAGCGGGCGUAGCUUGAUGCCCUGCGACGGGGAUUUUGCGUUGCUAGAAAAACCCAAAAUUCUUUAUGCCAGACGAUCUGGUCCAAGUCAUCCAAUCAGUAAGGUAGAACUCACCAUUUCAAAUGGGAUAUAAGGGGACUUAGUGCUAAACACUCCAAAAUUACAACAAAGCAGUAGUAAAACAGUUUUGGUACUUAGAACCUUACAUUAAUCAUUAAUCCACUCACUUAACGCACUUAAAGGAAAACUUGGCAAAUCCUUAUCCCCUCGAACCAUUUUUUAAUUGCAAUUAAAGUUGACGGAAUAUUUUUGAAAAAAAAUCGUUAUAAACAAUUUGUCCGAUCAAACUCUUCUUAUACAUAAUCGAGAGAAUUUCACUUUCGCCUCUGUUCCGUUCCGAUCUUUUCUCGAUGUUUGAAAUUGUUUUUUCACUAACACCUCCCAUUCAGUAAACAGCAAAAGAUAUUAAAAAAAACAAUUUUCGUGAUCACGUGAAGCACUUACCAUUAUUUGAAUUUCUUGAGUUCCACCAAAAGCCAUUUCGACGGCCUUGCAGAUUGUAGCCAUUAAAAGCUCAUCAUAAUUCAAUAAUAUAUCCUCCACAAAACACUUAUGCUAUUCAGCUUCUAUUGUCGAUUUUACAAACAAAUUCAGGACAUAUUGUCCUAAUCUUUGUAUGAGCAAUCCAUUUAAUAUGUAUUUUCGGCAACGCUAAGCCGCUGUCUCCUCUUUGAAAUGCAUUGCCUCUGCUACCCACAGUGUGACUGCCCAUUGAUAUUUUCGCAAAUAUCUCUCGUGCCCCGUAUAAUAGACGAAACCUGAAACUCUCGAUACCAUACGAUAAUUUUUCAUUUACAAUUUACCCAGGAAAAAUGCAGUUUUCAGGACCUUUUUGUUUUUUUUUACCCAUAACACUGGUCUGCAUAAAAAAUUUUUUUCCAAAUAUCUCGAGAACCGCGUGUGAUAGACGAAAAUCGAAAAUAGAAAAAUUAUAGGUAUCGGUACUGCCUUCAUUUAAUGCCGAAAAGAACAAUUUGCGGGGUCUUUUAGAUUUUUGUCUGUAAUUGAAACACCCUGUAUGUAAUCGAAAAAAUGCUCGAAAUAAGAGUUAUAGUUCCCGGAUCUCCCGCAUUUGCCGAUUCUUGAAAUUUUCAGUUCCGGUUGAUAGUUUUCGAGAAAAUUAUUUUUUUCUGAAAGCCAAAAUAUAUAAAAAAAAAAACAAUUUUUAAUAGUAAUAGAAUCUGACAACUGAAACAUGGUAUUUUAGUUAUAGCGAAUUUUUCAUAAAAGAAGAUCGUAUUUUUCAGUUUUUGCGAGAAAAAAAAAAGAAUGAAAGUUUAUGCGUAUUUUCGUCCAAAAAUGUUUACCAUUUCGUAAGCAAUUUUCGAGAAAUAAUGUUUUACUUGCCGGCCCCCCAACCCCCCAAUUUCAGUAGGUUCCGUCAGGUGCCCAAACGCAAUUUCCUUGUUAAAUUUAAAAUCGAAAGCUUGAAGUUUACGACACUUAUCGCGAUGUCCAAAAACAGUCGAAAAUCGAAAAAAAAAGACGGACGCCGCUGUCUGAUCGCGGCCAUUUUUUAUUGACUUAUGCUUCUUAUAAACUGUUUGAAGGGAGCCAAAUAUAAACGCCGUAGAUCAAACCACUCGAAAGUCAUGGCCAAUUACAGCCGCGUCUACAGAGAAACGGAGAACAGACAAAAUAAGUUUGUUUUUUAUUUGCCGCUGAGCAUUUCUGUAUCGAUGGGGAUCCCCUGGACCAACCGUUGAGAUCUAUCACUAAGAACAUCAGUCGAGAACCAGCGAUUCAAAAUUAUUAAAUAAAACUCGGCGAGUGUUUGCGCGUUUCGGGUUAUACCCGAUCCGCGUAGGCUUAGAGCGUUUAUCACUGCCAUUGAUGAAUUAGUUAAGUAAUAUAUAGUAAUCGAGGCUUGGUACAUUUUAAGCGGCGCCUUCAAUAAACAAAUUUCAGUAAACAAAAACCACGUCGUUAUUGAAUGAAAAAAUUAAUGGAGUAAACUGCUUAAUUUUCUAAUAAAAUCAGUUUAUUAUUAUUAAAAUAUCUAGUACGUUUUGUUCUCAUCUACAGACACCACCCCUUAGACUUUUGGGUCAUUUUUUUCCAAAAUCUUAUUCUCUUGAAAUUUUCAUUUUGAAUAACAUUUGUGCCUAGAAUUUAGUUACUUUAGUUAUGUUACCAGGUAUGAAAAGUUGUUUAAGAAAACCCGCUUUUGGUUUUUUGUGGUAU